GGAUGGAAUGGAAUCAAAUGUCGAGCUGCUCGGCGCCUGCCAGUUCCAUGGAGUGAGAUGGGGUCCACAUCGGAACCAAGCGUCGGACGGUCGCACGCUCGAUUGCCUCAGAGCGUGGGCAGAGUGACGACGAGCAGAUCGUCGCGAUUCUUAUUAAGGGCAUCGAUCGCUUGCCUUGACAGCUGAAUUUGCGAAGAGUUGUGUCGCGGAGAAGAUUGGAAAGCUGGCCGGGCGGAAGGAGGCCCCGGAGCUCCUGAGAUUGAGCAGGAGCGAGAGAGAGAGAUGGAGGCAUUGGAGGGUGGUGGUGAUGGUGAGCUGAGCAAAUUGGACUUAGCUCAAGAAGCCCAGGCUCUUCGUCGCGUCGUCAGUGCCUACCUCAACUAUGCUUCAGCAGGGGAGGAAGACAUUCUGCGAUGGGAGAGAUCCUAUUCCAAACUCAAACCUGAUCACAAGCUUCUCCUAAAGCAUCUACCCUCAAAGUAUACACAACUUAGAAGUUGUGUGGAAGCAAACAUGUUCUUCAUACACCACGUGCUCCAGGCAUUUUCUCCUCCAUUCGAAAUGGGAGACUUCACUUCAGGGGCUGGUGAAAAGUGUCAAAGUAUUUCAAACCUUGAAGACUGCGGAGUAGGAGAAAAUAGGACUUUACAAGCAGAUAUGUAUGCGAGAGGACCACAUUUCCCGUCUGAGGACCUUGCUGUUGGCGAUGGAAUCGAUAACUCUUCCUCUUUUACGUCAGACGGAAUGAAGAAACCAUCUGUUUGUCAACGAAAUGAUGAGCGAAUGGACCCAAGGAGCAGCAAUAAGAGACAAGCCAGUGAGAUUUCCAAUGAAGACUGGCGCUCUGAAGAAGAAUCAGGCGACGGUCGACGGGUUGACAAUAGGCAUCUGACAUCACAUAGCAUUCGCCCAACUCUAAAUGACGUUGUCAAAACUGGUGAAAACGGUUUCAAGGAGCACCAGGACUUUGACGAAACCUCACAAGCCAAAGAUGUUGUGUCGGAUAGGUUGGCAGUAAAUAGGAGAGAUCUCUUAACGGGUCGGGAUGUCGAUACUUUGCCCUCAGAUGUUGGACACAUCGAUGACAGUGAGGACAUGGAGACAGGUUACACUACUAUUUGGUACCAACCGAACUUUCAACUGCCUGUUCCUCCAGCCGAUGUUGAUAAGGUGCGAUGCAUCAUCCGCAACAUAGUACGAGACUGGUCCGAAGAGGGUGUUUGUGAGCGGGCAGAAUGUUAUACUCCUAUCUUGAAAGAACUUGAAGACUGGUUUCCGAAUCGAAGCCAAAGAAGGCCACCUACUUGCUUAGUACCUGGAGCAGGGCUUGGUCGCUUGGCCUUUGAAAUUUCCCGGCUAGGAUUUGUUACUCAAGGGAAUGAGUUUUCAUACUACAUGAUGAUCUGCUCAAGUUUCAUUCUCAAUGGGACUCAGGAAGCUUUAGAAUGGGAAAUAUAUCCAUGGAUACACAGCAGCUGCAAUACCAUCAAAGAUGAGCACCAGUUGCGAUGUGUUCGAUUUCCAGACCUUCAUCCUGCGAGCGCAGAGAUAACUGAAGGUUUCAGCAUGUGUGCUGGAGAUUUUGUUGAAGUCUAUCGUCAUCCAGAUCAAAAAGAGGCAUGGGACGCUGUAGUCACUUGCUUUUUUAUCGACACUGCUCACAACAUCUUAGAGUAUCUGGAAAUAAUUGCACGAAUCCUUAAGCCUGGAGGGGUGUGGAUCAACCUUGGACCUCUUCUGUACCACUUUGCAGACGCACAUACUUGCUCCUCAGACGAUGAAUUGUCAAUCGAGCUUAGCCUGGAUGAUGUAAAGACAAUAGCUGGACAUUAUGGCUUAGUCUUGCAGAGAGAGAAGGUCCUCGAGACGACAUACAGUUCCAAUAUCAAGUCCAUGAUGCAGAAUCGUUAUUUUGCUGCCUUUUGGACAAUGGUGAAAGAAGAGAGAGGAGUGAGCACUAACGGUGCUGCAGUUAGGAGGCCGGAACAAAUUUUUGCGGAUUAUGAACGGAGAGCUACAGAAGACAGGCCAUAGUGGAGCUCAAGCAGGGCACUUGAGUUAUCAGUUGUAGUUAGCGUUGAUUGGUCAUAUAUAAACAAUUCUAGGUUUCGAUCUUCACAUUACAGCACAAAGGUUUUUGCGAGCUACUCGUGUUAGAUAUUCCUCCCAUUUUCCACUGAGAAGAUAUAUCAUAAUUUCCCAUCGCGAGUGUUAGUAGUAUACUUGCUUGGAAUAGAUAAGGAUCUUGUGGAGUCAGCAGAGAUUUACCUCGAAGUUCCGAGCUUGGGAACAUGAUUUGUCAUCCCCGCACGAAGAAUAGAAGAAAGUCAACUUUUCAUUAACAAUUACC